CUAAACUGGGCUAAAAUAGAAGGCUCUGGCUGAAGAUUCGGCCUUCCCCGACAGAAGUCGGCUCUUCUCGUUCCCUAUAAAGAAUCGGCUCUUAGAGCCGGCUCGUUCGUGAACAACACAUCACUAAUGCGAGAAGUGCUUGGAUGGUUCAUUGUCUCCAGUGAAUUGUCUGAAUCUGUAUCUGUACUUGCUUUUUGAGCUAAUUUUAUGAAUACUAUUCAUUUGACAUACUGCUUAAGCAUACUAUAUAGCAGGCAGGGAAAGCUAUAUUCAGGCACGGACAGUUUUAGUAAUGAAUUUAGCUAGACACUAAUGCUCACAUACAAAUUCAACCAGUGCAGAGCGAAUGGAUCUGUGUCAUCAAGACACAAUUCGGUGACGUAGUGCCUAAAACCUGGCAUACUGCCUUACUACAUACUCAAAAGUAUGUUCUUGGCCAUCACCAGUGAAUUGAGAUUUGGCAUUUGUCGUUGUGUGUGUUAACGAGUGUGUGUUUGAGUCCCGUCUGUCUCCCUGUAUGUGCAUGUGUGUGUAUAACUUUUGUUUCCCUGCAGACAUUGUGAACACGGCACGUCCAGAUGAGAAAGCCAUAAUGACCUAUGUGUCCAGUUUCUACCAUGCAUUUUCUGGAGCCCAGAAGGCUGAGACAGCAGCUAAUCGUAUUUGUAAGGUGUUGGCGGUCAAUCAGGAGAACGAGCACCUGAUGGAGGACUAUGAAAAACUGGCCAGCGAUCUGUUGGAGUGGAUUCGUAGGACAAUCCCAUGGUUGGAAAACCGUGCUCCAGAGAAAACCAUGACAGAAAUGCAGCAGAAAUUGGAAGAUUUCCGCGAUUACCGUCGCGUUCACAAACCACCUAAAGUUCAGGAGAAGUGUCAGCUAGAGAUCAACUUCAACACAUUGCAGACCAAACUUCGUCUGAGCAACCGACCAGCCUUUAUGCCAUCUGAGGGACGCAUGGUGUCGGACAUUAAUGGUGCAUGGCAUAAACUGGAAGGGGCCGAGAAAGGCUAUGAAGAGUGGCUACUGAAUGAGAUCCGUCGUUUGGAGAGACUUGACCAUCUUGCAGAAAAGUUCCGUCAGAAAGCAGCCAUCCAUGAAAGCUGGACGGAUGGUAAGGAGGCCAUGCUAACACAGAAGGACUAUGAGACCGCAUCUCUGUCUGAGAUCAAAGCUCUCCUGAAGAAGCAUGAGGCAUUCGAAAGUGACCUUGCUGCCCACCAGGACAGAGUGGAGCAGAUUGCUGCCAUUGCACAGGAGCUCAAUGAGCUGGACUACUACGACUCCCCGAGCGUUAAUGCACGCUGUCAGAAGAUCUGUGAGCAAUGGGAUGCUCUGGGUUCCCUCACACAGAGUCGCAGAGAAUCUCUCGAGAGAACAGAGAAACAGCUGGAGUCUAUUGAUGAGCUGUACCUGGAGUAUGCCAAGAGAGCAGCACCGUUCAACAACUGGAUGGAGGGAGCCAUGGAGGACCUUCAGGACAUGUUCAUUGUACACAACAUCGAGGAGAUCCAGGGACUGAUAACGGCUCAUGACCAGUUCAAAUCAACUCUUCCAGAGGCAAAUAAAGAGCGGGAAGCUAUCCAGGCCAUCCAGGCUGAAGUUCAGAAAAUCGCACAGUACAAUGGCAUCAAACUGGCUGGAAACAAUCCUUACACCACCAUCACCCCUCAGAGCAUUGACAAGAAAUGGGAGAAGGUGCAGCAACUGGUUCCACAGCGUGAUCAGGCUCUUCAGGAAGAGCUCGCACGUCAGCAGUCUAAUGACCAUCUUAGACGCCAGUUUGCCAACCAGGCCAACAUGAUUGGACCAUGGAUCCAAAAUAAGAUGGAGGAGAUCGGGCGGAUAUCAAUUGAGAUGAAUGGAACGCUGGAAGAUCAGCUGACCCACCUCCGUCAGUAUGAGCAGAGCAUCAUUGAAUACAAACCCAACAUUGACCAACUGGAGGGAGACCAUCAGCUCAUUCAGGAAGCACUUAUAUUUGACAACAAAUACACUGCUUAUACUAUGGAGCACCUACGUGUUGGUUGGGAGCAGCUCCUUACUACAAUUGCCCGCACCAUUAACGAGAUCGAGAACCAGAUUCUGACUCGUGAUGCUAAAGGCAUCAGCCAGGAGCAGCUUCACGAGUACCGCACGUCCUUCAAUCACUUCGACAAGGACCACAGUGGUGUCUUACAAGCUGAGGAGUUCAAGGCUUGUUUGAUCAGUCUGGGUUACGACGUAGAAAACGACAAGCAGGGUGAUGCCGAAUUUGGUCGUAUCAUGGGUAUUGUUGACCCCAACAACAGUGGAGCAGUGACCUUCCAGGCCUUCAUCGACUUCAUGUCAAGGGAAACAACCGACACAGACACUGCAGACCAGGUCAUCGCCUCAUUUAAGAUCCUAGCCGGAGACAAGAACUACAUCACAGCCGAGGAGUUGAGGCGUGAGCUUCCUCCUGACCAGGCAGAGUACUGCAUUGCCCGAAUGGCACCAUACACGGGCCCCGACGCGGUUCCAGGCGCUCUUGACUACAUGUCCUUCUCCACCGCCCUGUAUGGGGAGAGCGACCUCUAAGGGCCAACUCCAGAACUCCGGAGCAGUUCUCUCUCCUGCAUCGGUGCUGAUCUUCUCACAGACUAGAUAGAUGAGAGCGCUGGAUGGAGCCGCAUCUGUCUUUCUCUCAACCAUCCAGUCCUUAAAGAGAUCAGUGCUCCUGAGGAAGAGGAAGAUAUUUAAGAGUGUUGGAAAUGGGACUUCAUAGCACACCUGAGGGGGAGGGGGGAUAGAUGUUUGGGGGAAGGAGGGUACCAUGGCAUUGUGGGAAGAGCAAAUAACUGUUGAUGAAGCUUGCCACGCAUUGAGGGAUAGCCUUUUGGAUUCCGUGUUAAACAUGUCGGUCUUGGAGAGCUUAAGAAAAGAUGUAGGAUAGAAGGAAAGAGAAAAGUUUAAUAUUGCAGAUUCAGUGUCAAGGGAAGUGGGUGUGUGGCUUUGGACUGUAGCCACAGCUCAGGUUCUUUAAUCUUCCGUUUCAUCUUAAAUUGACAUAUGAAAGGACUCGAUGGUGUUUUUCCAGCUUUCAAGUGAUUUCUCACCAGCUGAUGUUGAGCCGUUGGGCUCAUUAAAUUAGAAAAAAUAUUAAUUAUUAUUAAAUUUACUAGGUUGUUCUGGGAUGGAACUAAAGAGAGCUUAAAGAAUCAGCUUUGGCUUCAGUCUAUGCCUAGACACUUAACCUGCACCCUCUACCCCGGUGGGGAGGGCACAAGCUUUUCCAGUUAACAUGCUGUUUUUCUUUGUUUUAAUUUUGUUGUUUUCUUCCUAGAGUUGGUGGGGUGGGAGGUUUGGGUUUGGGGUUGGAAUAUGUUAUUUGGCAUAUAGCAAGGCUGUAUAUCGUAGGAAAAUGGACAGAAUGACUCAAGUGUUUUGAUAGGGAAUUUGUGACAUGCCCUCUUAACCCAUUUUGCUGGAUCGGUGGAACUCUUUGAAAAUCCAACCUCAGCUUUUUCCUCCCCUUUUUAUUUCUUUCCUCUCCAGCAAUUGAGUUAGCGGGAUUCUACGCUGUACAUACUUAUUUUCCAGUACACAGAACUGUCGGACUACCCAUGGCGGUCACACUGGGCUUCAGGUCAUAAGCAAAGAUUAUAAAAUGAGCAGUUUCACCCCUGCGGAGUACUGUAGGCAGGCUUAGGUAGCUACAGGUUUGUUUUUAAGGGGUUGAAGAAUGAAGCUACAAAAAUACCCAGUCGAUUUGUUGUUUUCCUUCCCCGAUCAACCAUACAGCAUUCUUUUAUUGACUCCAUGACUCAAGUAGACAUGUCCCUUAAGGAUUUAUUAACUGAAACUAAUGUCCAUCUGCCAUCCAUCUCUAAUCAUUUCUCAGAUAUUACUAAAUGUCCAUGUGAGAGCUUCAGUGGUGAUGUGAGCAGCAUAGCCUUGUAGUGACCCUCCACUAGAGCCUAUGACUACACAGCUGCUGAAUCAUCAGUGGAAAAGAGAAUUUUAUAUAGUCAGAAAUAAGUACAAAUGUGCCUGGUAGUUGCAGGUUGCUCUCUCUCCCACUCAUUUUUCCUUUCCUUUUGUUGUGCACUCGUUUAAUUCUCUUUCUAC